AUAAUAAAAUCAUGAAAGUUGGACUUCUUAUUGGGUUGCUUUUGCCCAAAAACCAUAAGGUAUAAAACCUUCCUAUCAAAAAUGAAUAAUUAAGUUAUAAAAUCCCAGGGACCUUGUUCAAGGAGAGUCAAUCUUCAAUGGUCACUUCACUUCUGAAGCUCCUCUCCAUCUUCUUCUUCCUCAUCUCCCUCUUCACCCCACAUGCACUUUCUUAUGAUUCAAGCGAAUGUGCUGAGCCGACCAAAGCGGGUUGCACCGAUAAAUCCGGAGCAUUGACCCUUAAGCUCAUAGCCUUAUUCGCCACUCUAGCCUUUAGCGUGAUCGGCGUGAGUGCGCCUCUCUUCGCCUCCUCGAUCCCUGCUGUUCAACCUGGCCGGAGCUUAUUCCUGAUUGUCAAGGCCUUUGCUAGCGGAAUCAUACUCGGUACCGCGUUCAUGCACGUCCUGCCGGACUCAUUCUACGACUUGUCCUCGGGUUGUCUCAAUGAAAAUCCGUGGCAUAAUUUCCCUUUUACUGGUUUUGUGGCAAUGAUGUCGGCUUUAGUGACUUUAAUGUUGGAUUCAUUGACAACGAGCAUAUACACGCAGAAGGCCAGCGCUGGAGUCAUCCCAGGAGAUGAAGCCACCGGAGGAGAUCAAGGGAAGGCGGAAGAAGGUGGUGUUGGACAUUUUCAUGGACACCAUCAUCAUGUUCCAUCAAAUCCAGGAAAGGGUGCAUCGCAGCUUGUGCGUAACCGCGUUAUUGCCAUGGUCAGAAAAAAUUUCUCUACUGAUAGAUGUAUAUAUAUGUGCAUAAUAAUUAUCGAUUCAUUAGAGUUAAAACAAUUUUGAUUGAUUUUUAACAUAAGAUUUUUGUUUGAAUUGUUGAUUAGUCUCUCUUUCGGGAUCUAUCAUGCUAUGAUAAAUUAAUUCUCCUUGAUUAUUUUAGAUUCUGUUUAUUAUAGUUUUGGUUAUAAAUUUUGAGAUUUUAU